AUACAGUGACAAAGUUCAAACAAAUUUGAAAACAAAGCUAAAAAGGAAACGCGGGCUUUUUUCAUUUCACCCUCGUCUCCAAAAUUUUCAAGGCAAAUAUAAUUUACAUGUAAAUCUUUUUUUUAAUUUUUAGGAUCCCAAAACCUCAAAUUUAAUCUCAUAUAUAUUUACAAUUUAUCUCAUUAUCACACAAACACACGCUCCAGUUCUACUUUCUCUCUCAACUUCAUCUAAUCCCUAACUCACUCCAACCUAGUUUUCAGAUCUUCAUUCUCUUCAUUUCAUAAACAAUGUCAACAGAAUCUCUGCCUGAUGUCAUACUUCAAUACAUAUUGUCACAUAUCAAAAACGGUCGCGAUGUUGCCUAUUGCAAUUGUGUUUCAAAGCGAUGGAAAAACUCUAUGGCUUAUAUCAGAAGUCUCUAUUUUGCUCGUAACUCAUUUGAUAACCCUCCUGGCAAUGAAACUUCUGACACCAUUGUGAAAAGAAUGGUAUCCGCGGUUGAGAAAUUAGAAGAGCUAGUUGUUUACUGCCCUUUCACCCCUUCCGGCCUUGCUUCGUGGCUAUCGCUUGCAGGUCCAUCACUUACUCAUCUCGAGCUUCGAAUGGACAACCUUGCUGACAAUACGGCUGUACACGAAAGUCCUUCGAAAUUGGACUGCAUUGGUGCAGCAAGGAAUUUGAAUUGUUUAAAACUGUGGGGUGUCUUGAUCAUAAAUACCCCUAAAUGGGAUGUGUUUCAAAAUCUUAGGACCCUUGAAGUAGUUGGGGCAAGUUCUGAGGAUACUGCAUUGGAUGCAGUCUUUCGGUCGUGUCCGUAUCUGACAAGGUUGAUACUCCUUGGAUGUGAAGGGAUCAGAUCACUUUCAAUUGAUCUGCCAUUGUUAGAGCAUUGUAAGCUGGACUUUUAUGGUCUUGGAAACUGUUCGCUUUCACUGAACUCCCCUAAAAUCGAAUCUCUUGAGGUACAAGGCUGUAGUUGGAUUAGGGUUCCUGAAACCAAGCAUUUGAAGGUUCUUUCAAUUUCCAAUAGUGCAGGGAGAGUAUACAUGAUUGAAUUCGGAAACCUUUCAGCACUGGAGUUCCUGUCUAUGCGUGGGGUACAGUGGUGUUGGGAUGCAAUAUGUAAAAUGCUGAAACUGGCAAGUGGUGUAAAACAUCUAUAUAUGAAGGUCGAAUUCACUGGCGACUAUGAUGCUCUUCAAGCUUUUCCAGAGGUUGAUUUUGUCGACUUUUUCAACAGCCAUCCCAAGCUCCGCAAGUUUGAUAUCCAUGGAGCCAUGUUUGCUGCACUAUGCCAGAGGAAUAGUCUAAAACAUGUUGAUUCUGAAUUUGUGAUUCCCUGUUUGGAGGAGGUUGUCAUCACAGUGAGAUCGCCAUUAAAUGCUGAACAAAAAAUGAGUACUCUUGAAUCCUUGUUAAAGUAUGGGAAAAAUCUAAGGUCCAUGGUUAUCAAGAUUCUUCAGAUGAAGAGUCCACAUACCAGUGCUGAUGAUUUUUUUGAUGAGAUUUGCCGGUUUAGAUGCAUGCACCACGAGAUAAUUCGAAUUGAAUAAAGCUUGAUGCAAUUUUUAACACAGUUUCAGCUGGAAUUCUGAUUUGAUUAUGACUUUAUUUUUGUGGAUCUAAUUUCUUGUUUUGAACAUCAUUUAAAAUUCGAUAACCUCUUUUUAGCUGAUUUAGAGAAUGAAGGUUUUAUCUCCUCUCCCAUGAUUGUCAAAAGCGGUAAAGCAAUGUGGCAAGUUUUGUUGUCACUGAUUCCUUGCAUAGAAUCAAGCUUAUUCAGAAGGGGGGCCAAAAUUAUCAAAGUAUUGGUUAUGAAAUUGUGCUGAUCAGGAAUAUGAGGGUGUGGUACUUCCAUUUGGUACAUACUCAAAGAAGAGAACCACUGUUUAGAUUUCAUAGCAAAUAUGGGUGUCAAAAGCAAUUAUCCUUUGGUAUUUCUUGAUUCACCUUCUACAGGGAUGGAUAGUUUUCUGCUUGCUGAUGCCAUGGGCACCCGUUUGAGGUGUUAAGCCCUAGUUUCUUUGUCUUGUUAUCUCCCAUUCUUGUUUGUAAUAAAAAAUUGAGUUUAAUUUAAAUUUGAUGCAAUUUAUUAUAUAAUAUGGUUCAAUGGUGUUAA